AUGCGAUUAGAUAUAGAAUCAAAACAAAUAGUUGAACCAUAUUCUUCAUCAUCUAAUAUUCAUUCAUUAAAAUCUCUUGCAAAUAUUAUUGAAAAUGAAUUUGCUCAUUUAUCAAUGAAUAUAUUUACUUAUGAAUUAAAACCUUUCUCUGAUAAAAUUUCUACAUCAUUAUCAUCGAUAAAUGAUAUAAAAGAUUUAUCAAUAUGUGAUUAUGAAUUAACAUGUCGUUAUAUUGAAAUAAAUAUGCCUGUUGUACCACCAUUAAAAAUGAAAUUAACAAUACAAUAUCCAAAUGAACCACCUGAAGUACUUUCAUUAACAUCAACAACAUUAAGUUUUACACCAGCUAAACUUGAUAAAUCAGGUAAAUUAAUAAUAAGAAUAAUACUAAUUAAAAAAAAA